AUGCUUGAAAAGUGCAUAGGUUGCCAUCAGGAGAGGCGGCCACAGGAGCCCAAGGAGGACAGGUCCAGGGUGCUAUGUCCCACCUGUCGAAUAGCGCGGACUUGGAACUUGUGCAAGGAGAAUAACCUACCACUCGAACAAUGUCUUGACAGGUUUUCCGUUGCGACCAGGAAGUACGCGUUGUGGCAGAUUGGCCCCUCGCAAGGGAGGCUAGCCCCAUUAUGUUCUUUGAUAAAGGAGAGCAUCCCGCUGCUAGCUCAAUCUGGAGAUGGAGACGGAGAUGGAGCAGGGGUUGGAGAGUUGCAUCAGGCUCCACGUCUGCCUUUUGGCGACGUCAGAAAGGCCACCGCCGCCGGUAAUGAAGGCGCAACGCGUUCCAAUGCUAGUAGUAACGAGCACUUGCUCCAAGAUGGUGCUCGAAAUGGCAGUGCUGCAGCAGAUAAAGUUUUGGCGGUGGAUGCUACAAAUGGGCCUACAAUGCAGCCUCCAGUGAGGUUAUCGAGCGUCAAUACCGGUAAUGGUGGUGCCACUCAAGUGCCACAUGGCUCAAUGCAGCCUCCAGUGAGAUUAUCGAGCGUCAAUACCGGUAAUGGUGGUGCCACGCAAGUGCCACAUGGCUCAAUUCCCGACCAUUCUAUUCUAGUGCAAUCUCCGUUUAGCCAAAUUUCCUUACAACUUGAUGCAGCGGCUUCGCUCAAACGUGGGUACGGCUCAUCAAAGCCGCUUGUUGCUAACGACGCGGUGAUGGAUCUCGCCAGUGGUGUCAACGGAUUACGAGCUGACGCUAAUAAUGAAAACACGUCUUUGCAACCUGCCUCGGAUUGCCUUGCGGCUGCUCCGGUAUCUGCCAAUCAUGGACCCAUGGCUUAUAAUGGCAUCUCGAUGCAAGUUGUUGGUAGUGAUAUACUGAGACACCCACUGUCUCAUCCCUCCACCUUGACACCCGUUCCCGGAAACUCCUCCAAUAAUGAAUUUGAAAACUUGCAUUGUCGAAUUUGCGACCAAUUUCGUCCGCGAGACGAGCCCCGAGCUUUCCGCAAUAUGAAAUCGUGUCCACGCUGUUGGUUUACUGAUGGCUACAACAACGACCCCAGAUAUAAGCACAUCUUUGUCGAAUACCUUGGCCAUUUGGAUCGACUGACAAAGCUUUAUUUGUUGAAACAAUUACUUACUUCGGGAGACACGCGCGCUGUGAAGAUGCUCUUGCAGGAUAAGGAUAUCUUGAGAUACCUCAUACCUCUUGGUCUAGCUGGCUUGACUGGGACACCACACAAAGAGAUGAUAGAUGGCACUUUUCCGCCAAUGGAGCUCGAAGGUCAGCUAUUUGACAGGUUGGACUUGUCUGCUGACACGCUAAAGAGCUUGCUAGCUAACAACAUGACAGAUUACUCGGAAGAAUACGUUGGCGAAACGAGUGCUGAACAGCAUGUUCCUGUUGCCAAUGGUGCGGGUUUUAUUGGUGGCUUUGUCUCGAGACCUUCAGACACCCGAGCUUCCUCAGCUGCCGCGCUUGCUGGAGAGACGCUAGAGAAUAUCCGACGCGAGAACCACCAAAUACCAGGCGAUGCUCAGAGCGAACCUGUUUUGAAUCUGGCGCGUCAACUCCAGGGCGAAAACAUUGGUUUACAGAAUGAUCGUCAAAGUCGAGGAAACGGAACUGUUGCUUUUGGGGGAUUGUUGGCCAAUCCUGCGAGUGGUUAUUUGGAAUUACUGGGGGGACUCUCUACUCCUUACGCCGAUGGGGUAAAUAAACAAAAUGUGACCACAGAUGGUCGAGAUGGACGAGAUGGACGAGAGGGACGAGAUGGACGAGAGGGACGAGAUGGACGAGAGGGACGAGAUCAACCAAGUCAUCAGUUACCAAAAUCCGUUUCAAGAGAUGAAGCCGAAAGCGAUCGUGCCUCCGCCCUGCCUGUUUUUAAAGUCAUCCCAAACCAACGUGCAGAAGUAUCACCAAGACAAGAAAUCACCGAGGUGGUUGACACAAAUGACUAUAAUCUUCAUCUGUUGGACCAAAACCUAUCAAAUCAAUCAGAGGUGGCAGAUUUUGGACCUAUGAAUAUCGGAGACGAUAUAAACAGCUUCGAUGACGAGGCGGACUUCGAUGACAUUUCAAAUGUCAUUUCCGAUGACUCUGGCCGUGAUGUUGAAUUGAUGCAACCACCAGUUCUUGCUAACGGAGUGGUAUUCUCGGAAGGAGAUGCCAAGGCGGAAUCUGAGCUCGAUGCGCGUGAUGAAGCGGCUACUAUUAUCGAUGAAGGUCCUGGAAUGGAGCCAAAACCAAGCAACGAAGAACAAAUCGUGUCGAUAUCCUCCUCUUCCGAUGAUAAACUGAGCAGCUCGCGCUCUCAUGCUCGCGCGAGGACCCAACGUCGGUCGGUUAGAAAAAGAGGGCUCCCGUUAAAUAAGAGAGCAAUCAAAGAUGCCAGAAAGCGGUUUGAUCUAUUGCUUGACUCGGAUGAUUCCGCCGAUGAGUUGCAAGUUUCAGAAAUCGUGACCUCAUUAGGUGGGCGGGAUGGCCCCUUGAGGGAAACACGGAUAAACCAAAGCCAAGAAAACACAAAUACAAGGCGCACAGGGCGCACAGGGACUUCAAAAGAGGUGGUUCCUUUUAGGAUAGCAGUGCAACAAGCUCGGAGAAAGUUUGAUCUACUCAACGACUCCGACAGUGUUAGUUCCGACAACCAUCGUGAGCCAGAACUGCUGCGUGAAAGAGGCAACGCGAGAUCCACGCCACUGGCGAGAAACGAGAUGAGUGCUAAAGAAGCGAGAAGAAGGGCGCAGAGAAAGUACAAUCUAAUUAUAGACUCUGAUAGUUCCAGAUCGGAGGAAUCUGAUGUUGAAGGAAUUUUCGAGGAUCGCUGGCGAGAAAGGACGAGAUCUGCAAGCGCGAGGGUUACAAGAGCUUCAGCUUUGAAUGAGCAGGCUGAUGACAAAACAAGGAAAGCACUCGAUCUGAAUAAGGACUUUGGCUCUUCCGCCAGGCACGAGACUUCGGCCCCGCGUGGCUCCAAUGCAAACAUUCAGAAUAAACAUCUCGCAAAUGCGAGACGUCGAACCACUGGGAGAAAUGGUGGAGAAAGACAAACUGAAGCACGUUCUGCAAGGAAGAGGACAGCGACUAGCAUUCCGGCGGAACGAAACGCAGAGGUGCUUGAUGUGGGUUUUGCAAACUCCGAUAAAGGAAGUCAAGAGACGCAAAUGAGUGGGAAUGAGAAUGGCGAUGAAAGAACUACUGUUACCAACUUGUUUGUUCCAGAAGACUCAGAGGAACCUUCUUUGCCGAACCAAAGUAGAGAAUUGUUUAAUGCGAACUACCCCCCUAGUGACCAGAUGGAGAACCACAGCAGCACGCUGAAUCGGCGGUCGCCUGCGAUAGCAAGCUCGCAGUCGCAGUCGGAGCAAUUGUUUGUCUCAGAAGUAGGUUCGUCUGAAGCAGAGGUGGGGAUGGUCAAUGAUGCAAACGGUGAAGAUCGUCUACCAACAAGUGAAGUUUUUAGCGGCGGCGGCGAAGACUGGGGGGAUUUUGCAAAUAAUAUGGAAAUGAGCGAUGGCGGAGAGGACAGCGAUGCUCAUUUGCUUUCCAAGAUAACAAGAACCCCAUCGGAUCCAAUCGAGAGCGAUAAUGAGAAGCAUGAAGGUUUUGAACUCCCCAUUGGUGGUAUUCGUGAUGACCAUGGCAAAACAGGCUCCUCCGUUGAGAUCAGUGCCGGAUUCAACGAAACAGUCGUGAUGAAAGAAAACAAUAACACUCAAACCUCCGAUCUCAAUGCAAAGCCAUUUGAAGGGCAAGCGCUGCAAUCCGCUCAACCUCCACCAGUAGGCGCACAGAGCACUCAAAGAGUUUUGAGGAGCAGGUCAGUGGAACCUUUGACCUCGUCCGUGGGCAAUGGCGAGCUUCAGAGGCGACAAGCGCGGACUGUUGAACUUUUAGGUUCUUCAACAUCGGCAAAGGGACCACAGCAGAAAGCGGAUGCACCUGCAAAUUCCGAGAGGAACUCAGUUGCUUUAGAGAAGGAGGUGGAGACUUCGCAGCAUUUGGCUAGCCCUGUCAGAGCAUUACCCAGAUCCGCGAGCGACUCAGCAAACGUGGCUGGGGUCACAUUACCAAUUCCCUCGCAACAGCUGACGUCUCCGUCAAAAACCACAACUACUUCCAAAAAGAGGCAUCAAAUAUGCAACAAGUGCUCGAGAGUGCGCGACUUGCACGAGCCCUUUGAGACGAAAUUUUUGCCCUCGUGCCCCAGGUGUUUAUUGAUGAGUCUGGUUGUGCCUCAGAAGGUGCCCUUGAGUGUUGCCUUUCUGAAUCUUGAACUCAAGGUGAAAUUAUAUAUAUAUAGACAGGAGAUAACGGCGCCGACGCAGUCGUCGUUGUUGCCGAUUUUCCAGAACGACAAGGACAUUAAAGCGUUUCGUGACGAGGCGUUUGAUUUUGCCAAGGAGAUGCUGGAGUUGAAAGGAGAUGCAAACUCGCCGGUCAAGGUGCAUCACGAGAGGAUGAAACAUGGAAGAAUAGCCCUAAUGGGGCAAGGUAGAGGCCAUGAGAGUGACAUAUCCACGACUGUUGAUGUCAAUGGGAACGACCCACCUGCUGCAGGAACAAAUAAGAAUAGGGCACAAAGCAUGUUCCAGGGUGCAGUUCCCGAGGGAAGAAGACUUCGCAAUUUGCUUGCUACCGUCGGCCUACGCCAGAAACGUCCACUUGAGAACGAUGGGAGCGAUGACACUUUGUCUAGACCAGGAAGACGCCCAAGAAAAGUUCCAAAAUCGUAG